UCAACAACACAGAAACAAAUUCCCGGUUUCGAUUAUAUUAGCCACGUAUUUUGUGCUACGGUGGCAAUAUUUUUCCUUAGUUUCCAACGAAAAAGAAAGAGCUGAGGGUUGAUUUUCUACAUCAUGAGAAUUGUGAUAAAUCAAAGAUGACAAACGCAUACUCUUUUGAUGGUCUGGUUGUAUUCGGGCUUCUUGUAGUCUGUACGUGUGCCUACAUGAGAAGAGUUCCUCGUCUCAAGCAAUGGUUCCUAUCAGAAAAGAAAGGUUUCUUCGGAGUCUUCUACAAAGCUUCUAUCAUUGGAACUCGCCUUCAUCUGUUCACCGCGUUAUCAUGUGUGUUCAUGGCUGUAUACAUCAUGUUCCUGAAAUGAAAUCGUGUGGAUGAACCUUCCAAACUUGACGAAAUAUAACUUCCCAUGGAGGAAUCAUUUACUGGCAAUGUGCAAGAAGGCUGUUGUCCAGUAAUGCAUGAUGUGACAAAUACACUGUGUGUGACACAAACCUUAAACGAUCGUUUUGAGACGAGGGCGGAAAGAACGUUGUGCCUGUCAAGAGAUGCAAUGCCUUUUAGCAGGAUUCUCUUCGGAAGAGAAUGCAGAGAGGUCCAAGAUUCAUAAAUUCCAUUCCAGUCUGGGCGUUGUACAGUGACAGACAACAGGAGUUGAUCUGUCUGGGAGAAUUGUCAGCGGCACAUGUGUGCAAAGAAGAGAUGUUAUGAAUACCGUUUAAGGAUGAAUCAAACUGAUGCUAGCAUAGUUACUAGCCAAGUUACUAGCAGAUAUAAUUUAGGUAAUUGAAGGGAAAAUCAUGAUAGAAACCAUAUAAUGAACAUCUCUCAUGAUCUUAUCCCCAUGUAUUAAUAAAUCAAUGAAAAUAAUAAUUUAAUUCUAACUUUUAAGCAUUACAAUAUUGAAUCAAAUUGCAUGUGACGCAUAAUUUAUUGAAGGGCUAAUUUCCAAAUUGUUUAUUAUUGUUAUAAAAUUCUUUCAGCCUUAUAGGAGCUGGUGUGUAUUCCGUUUUAAGCAUUUGUACUUAUGCUGUAGGUGAACAAAUUGAGAUGUAUUUAUUUUUUGUACAGGUUUGAUAUCAGAUCAGAUUAUGAUUUAUGAAACAGAAUAUAUUAUAUUUUAGUUCCGCAGUGUAUUUUCUUUUAAUGUGUUCCAGGGUCCAGUUUCAUGCAACUAUUUAUGAAUAACAGCUGCCACAGACCUAUAAGUAACCUGCUCAUAGGCAAUCAAAAGUCAGAAUUUCAGUAGCUCUUUACUAUCAUUGCAUCUUGUUAUUAAUAACAGGUUCUACUUUCAAGAACUAGGGCUGUGAUAUUUUUAGUUGCAUACAUGAUUUAGUGCCUCAAAUGGUAUUAGCUCCAUGGAUAGAAUUGUUGUGCAUACAAUAUUUAAAUUACGUUUUCAAUUUAUUGAAGUUAUCUGCAAUUGAAGAAAAAAAAUCAGUAAUUAAAUUAAAAAAGAAGUAGUAAAUUUAAGCUCAAUCACGGUAAUGGAAUCCUCAAGAUGGUUUUCCAGUUCCUUGUAAUUUGAAGCUCGCUGUAGAUUUGUUUAAUGUAGGGUUAAUGAGCUCUAAGGUGUAAAUGAUAGGUGAUUGAUCAAGGAAAUGUUUAAAUAUUUAUUGGACUGUCAAUGACUUGUUGUUAUCUGAUUGUGUUCUACUCUGAUGAGUACAAGAUGAGAAGCUUCACUGUGUCCUCGCUUGUUUUUUAUUGUUUUUGUUUGUUAGUUAUGUAUGCCAUUAUGGUCCCCCAAAUUGUUGAUGCCUCCAUUCAAUUUUCUUCAUUUUAAAGAGUCUUAAUAGAUCAAGCUCUUAUUUUUCUUCUCUCUAUGUCCCUCCUCUCUUCUCUCUCUCUCCUUCUCUCUCUCUCUCUCUCUCUCUCUCUCUCUCUCUCUCUCUCUCUCUCUGUCUCGCUUUAAUUUCUUUCAAUUGUCUCUUCUUGAUAUAUUGGAUAGGCAAGAUUGAGGGGCAUUAAAAGUCAUGAACUAAACUUAGUAAAACAAUGUCUGUCAGUGGUUUGUGGGUAAAUUUAAUGUACCAGGAUUGCAUGUCCAAUUGAUUUGUUAAGACACACUCAAAAUACAAUUUGAUUUUUAAUGUUUCAUUUAUCCUUUUAUGUACAUUUUAAAAUAUGUGUAAUUUUCCAAGACUAAAAAGUAAUCUAUACAUGUAAGACCAUUAUAUUACAUCGAAAUGAACUCGUUUUGUGCCAUAUGAAAUGAACAGUUGGGAUGAAAGUGCUUUAUAGUUUUGCUAGGAUUUUUUUCUCUCCAAUGGAUAAAAAGUAGAAGUAUCUCAGUAUUACCUCUUUUCUUAGAGUAAAGAAAGAUGGGAUUAGUGUGAAUAUGCAUUUGUGUAGAAGGCUGAUUCAGUUUUUAUAUUGAUUUGAUUUGCAAUAAAUAUUGUUGCAUGUCUAUAGUCAACAAUGAUAAUCAUAA